CAGCACUGAUGCCUCUUGUAGUGAAGAGACUGUCUGGUAUAAGUGCGGCGCCGGCGGAUGACAUAUCCUCUCACGUGUGCCCAGUAAACACAUGUCUGCUCUGUCCAGUGAGGAAAAGUUAAAGGCGGCAGAUAUGAAGGAAGACGUUGGAAGAAUUUUGGUUCAGUUUAAGAAUGAAAGCGGAGAGCUUCUUGGCACUUCGUUCGAUGUGCCUGUGGACAUUACACCUGAUAAGUUACAGCUGGUCUGUAAUGCCCUUAUACAGGAGGAAGAGGCGGUACCACUAGCAUUUUUUGUCCAUGAUGUGGAGAUUGUGACGUCUUUAGAAAAAACCCUGGAAAAACAGACAGUCGAAACUGAAAAAGUGUUGGACAUAAUCUACCAGCCGCAAGCUGUCUUCAAGGUCCGAGCAGUCACGCGCUGCACCAGUUCUUUAGAGGGACAUACUGAAGCUGUUAUCUCGGUAGCUUUCAGCCCCACUGGAAAGCACUUGGCCAGCGGAUCAGGAGAUACCACUGUUCGUUUCUGGGAUCUCAGCACAGAGACACCGCACUUUACAUCCAAAGGGCAUACACACUGGGUGCUAAGCAUUGCUUGGUCCCCAGAUGGGAAGAAGCUGGCAUCCGGCUGUAAGAAUAGCCAGAUUUUUAUCUGGGAUCCAAACACAGGAAAGCAGAUUGGCAAAACAUUAAUAGGACACUCGAAGUGGAUAACCUGGUUAUGUUGGGAGCCUCUUCAUUUGAACCCAGAGUGCAGGUACCUUGCCAGUGCUUCCAAAGACUGCAGCAUUCGUAUCUGGGACACUGUCAUGGGGCAGUGCCAGAAGAUCCUGACCAGUCAUACACAGUCAGUGACCACUAUUAAGUGGGGUGGAGAUGGCUUAUUGUAUUCUGCUUCCCAGGAUAGAACUAUAAAAGCUUGGAGGGCCAGUGACGGAGUUCUGUGCCGUACUUUGCAAGGUCAUGGACACUGGGUAAACACCAUGGCACUUAGUACAGACUAUGUUCUCCGAACAGGGGCUUUCAAUCCAGCUGAAGCCUCCAUCAAUCCCCAGGACAUGAAAGGCUCCUUGGAGCAGCUGAAAGAGAAGGCUCUACAGAGAUACAAUCAAGUCCGGGGAAAAGAUCCUGAGAGGCUUGUGUCAGGCUCUGAUGACUUCACAUUGUUCCUCUGGGCUCCAGCUGAAGAUAAGAAACCUUUACAGAGGAUGACAGGUCACCAGGCUCUCAUCAAUGAAGUUCUGUUCUCUCCUGACACCAGAAUCAUUGCCAGUGCCUCCUUUGACAAAUCCAUUAAGUUAUGGGAUGGAAAAACUGGAAAGUAUUUAUCUUCCUUACGUGGUCACGUCUCUGCUGUGUAUCAGAUUGCUUGGUCUGCGGAUAGUCGGCUUUUAGUUAGCGGAAGCAGUGACAGCACACUUAAAGUCUGGGACGCUAAGACCAUGAAGUUGUUUGUGGACCUUCCAGGACAUGCAGAUGAGGUCUAUGCUGUUGACUGGAGCCCUGAUGGGCAAAGCGUAGCCAGUGGAGGGAAGGACAAGUGCUUAAGAAUAUGGAGACGAUGAGUCCAGCAAUGUACUGACAUGGCUUGGAGAAAUAGAUCCGAUCUUUCAUUAUGAAGAUGGCCAUUCAUGCGCGUGGUCUGUAACAGCUUGACCAAAAUACAGUGUAAUCUGAAAGAAGACUUCUAAACCUAUCACAUUGGGAUGGCAUGUGUAACGUGCAUAUAAACCCUGCUAUCUGUGAAAAUGUGAGAUUUACACCAGCGCUACAAAUGUGAUUAACACUGAUAUGUUCUCAAAAAGACUGAAGAUGUAAAUACACAGAGAAAUGGAAUAUGUUGUUCUCUGCCUAUAUGGGCAGCAGUACAGUAAUUUGCCAUAUUAAAACUUAUUGAAUGCCUUAUGAU